CUGGGGAAAGCAAAUUCACGCAAAACAGUUAGAAGGACCUUAUUAUAAGAUAUACUUUAUGCAACAUCUAUCCAUCCUCCUUAACACGUUACUUUAUUUGGGAGAAAAACAUCUCUCCUGUGAGACGUGACGUGCCGACUCAGUUUGAAGUUUAGGUAACAGUCUGUGUGCUGUUUUUCUGGCAAACUGAACGUGAAUUUACUCUGGGAACGCCUCAUGAGGUAAAAAUGGAAAAAGGUUUGCACUUCAGAUUGUCACUAUACAAGGAAAAGAUAUGCUUUGCCAAACAAUAUGCCUGCAAAGUGAGGGCUUGUCCUGCAUCCAGGACCCAGAACCUAAAUGGUUUGCUUUCAGGUUCCUGAAAUUAUCUAUGCUUUGCUUGCGGUUUAAUGCAAAUUGGAUCUUGGCUUUAAGAUACACACUGUAUAUAACACUAAAGUGUACAGGCCACGUCUAUCGCACUGGUAGCAGCGCUAAAGAUUUGUUGCAGCGCUUCAACUGAAUCACGGCCAACAUUGUCAUUAUCCUUGACUGUAAAGGUGUCAAAAUCUUCCGCAAAAUCCACCUCACGCAUUAAUUAAUCCAUUACACUUGGCUGAAGAAGCGUGAAAAUCCAGCAAUGAUCCACCCACAGAUUCUCCAAAGACGCCUUGUGCCAAAUAAGUGAGUGAUGCGUGGGCAGAUCACAGUACGUAUUGGUCCUGACCCACAGGCCGGGUUAAAAACCUCCAUGAGACUGGCGUCACUAAACAGUCCAUUAGGUACACAAUCUCGUGAAAUCCAAAGUACCUCAACAUUCACAUAAGGCCUAUUCAUAAGGCUAUCUUGGAAGAUUAGUUGUCUUCUUGUAGCACUUAAAAACCCAUCAUUAAAUAUGAUUAUUAGAAUUAGACCAUAUGGUUUGUGUGUGGGUUUUACUAUAAGGAAAUACUAACAGUAUUAUUUAAGUUAUGUGGCAUAGAAUUUGUCAGUUAAGAAAGGACAGGAAAAAGGCGGCCCAUGGCUUUUUCUUUCAAAGUCAUACAACUCGUAAAUUAUUUUUAGACACUGUGAGCGCCGAAAUCGCAAUGUUGUAAUCAAUUAAUCAGAUUUAGUCCAAAAGAACCUUCUUUGAAAUGCGGUUUAAGCUGAAGAGAUGGCCGUGGAGGUCAAGGGUCAAACUAUAAAGAUGACGGGGAGGGAGUGACCGACACAGACUGCGCACUGUCAACGGACAAAUACGGACACAGGAGAAGACUGACAAAGCUGAGUGAGUCGAUUUUAUUCAUGAGGCAAGAUGAAUUAAUUGUCGUGAUGUAGGAGAUAUUAAUAUUUGACUUGGAUUUAUUUUUGUCACAUUGGCAGACUGCCUUCACCUUCAACAUGUCAAAAGUUUUCAAGAAGACGAGUGGAAAUGGGCAUAUUGCCUUGUACUUGGGGAAAAGAGACUUUGUGGACAAUGUGGAUUCAGUGGAAGUGGUUGAUGGAGUGGUUAAAGUGGACCCUUCUGGACUUGAUGGGAGAAAAGUAUUCGUAUACCUGGCUUGUGCCUUCCGUUAUGGAAGUGAAGAUUUGGACGUGAUCGGCUUGUCCUGCAGGAAAGAUAUCUGGAUCAAUCGUGUUCAGGUGUAUCCGGCCACCGACGACAGCUCAUCAAAAUCAGCAAUGCAGGAAUCCCUCAUGAAGAAGGUCGGAGAGCAAGGGUGUCCCUUUGCCUUCCAGAUGCCAACAAACCUCCCGUGCUCCGUCUCCUUACAGCCUGGACCGAAUGAUGCUGGCAAGGCUUGCGGGGUGGACUUUGAGGUUAAAGCGUACAUUGCCAACGAAGCAAACAGUGCUACCGAAACCAUUGAGAAGAAGGACACUUGUCGCCUGAUGAUUCGAAAAAUCCAGUUUGCGCCAACCAAAAACAAUGCUGGACCGAAGGCCGAAAUCAACAAGCAGUUCAUGAUGUCAGACAAACCGAUUCACAUGGAAGCCUCACUUGACAAAGAGGUCUAUUAUCACGGUGAUCCUAUCACUGUUAACGUCAACGUCAACAAUGAAACCACUAAAGUUGUGAAGAAAAUCCAAAUCGUGGUCGAGCAGCUGACAAGUGUGGUGCUGUAUUCGUCCGACACUUACACAAAGGCAGUAUGCACAGAGGAGUUUGGAGAGACAAUAAAUGCCAACUCCACAUUCGAAAAGUCCUUCCAAGUGACCCCGCUGCUGGCCAACAACAAAGAGAAGCGAGGACUGUCAGUGGACGGGCGGCUAAAAGACGAGGACACAAACCUGGCCUCCACUACCUUGAGUCAAGAUAAUAAGGAGAUGCAAGGAAUCGUCGUCUCCUAUAAAAUCAAAGUCAACCUGAUUGUGUCUGGUGGAGGCCUGCUCGGGGGGCUGACAUCGAGCGAUGUCACAGUGGAGCUCCCUUUGACGCUGAUGUCCCCAAAGCCAGCAGAACGGACAUCGCCAUUGAGCCCAUGGACGAAUAAGAGACGUCGCCCGGUGGCAGAACAACAACGGGACUAA